UUGACCCCGUCUCUUCUUCGUCGCUUUACAUGCUGGUUGCAGCUACCAGUAGCUUUUUUCAGUCAUGGCGGCCCGUGUCCUGCAGCAGUGUGUCCGCUCCUUCGCCCGGCCCUCGCUGAGGCUGUGUUCCGGUACCCUUGCAGUCAGAGCCGCUGCCGCCCCGACAGCAGCCCUCCACCGACCCCUCUCGUUCGCCGCAGACAGCCGGAGGACGCGGUGGGUCGGCCAGAGACGGAUCCCCUCAGUGGGUGUGUUGUGCCGACAGUAUGGCGACCUGCCCCCCCUCACCCUAGAAGGCAUCAGUGAACGCGUCAUGUAUGUACUCAAGCUCUACGACAAGAUCAACCCUGAGAAGCUGGAGGCAUCUUCCCACUUCAUUAAAGAUUUGGGUUUGGACAGCUUGGACCAGGUGGAGAUCAUCAUGGCCAUGGAAGAUGAGUUUGGCUUUGAGAUCCCAGAUGUAGAUGGAGAGAAGUUGAUGAGUCCUGGGGAUAUUAUGCAGUACAUCGCAAAUAGGAAGGACGUUUAUGAAUAACCUGUCUAUAGCUCACUGCAGAGUUUUUUGUUUUGUUUUUUUCCCGUCCAGAGAGAGUGACCCUACCACACACGCACAGGAAGUCCUUGUGAAGCAGAUGGACGCCAAAUCAUUUCCCACUUCGACCCCCGUCAGCUCUUCUGUCCUUUACAGCGAUGUCGACGUCAGCUGCCGCGUCUUGUGUUUAACUGUAUUUAAAUGAACAUGUUGUUGGGAGCUUGGGGGUAAAACUCAAUAUUAAACAAGGUUAUAUAUCUCAGAGUUGAUUUUUUAUUCUUCCAGCUCCUCCCUGUGAUUCUGAUGUAUAAUUUCUCUUAAAUAGAUCAAUAAAGACACAUUCUCUGUGGUUGUGCAUCUAAUGUUCAGCUCCCUUAUGCACAAGCAUGUCAUGACAACCAAAAUGCAACUUCAGAAAUAAAGACAGUCGUGUAGUUGAA